UUUUCUAUCCGGGUUAGUUGUGAAUCGUAUUCACGCGGUCAGAUGUUCAGACCCUACAUACUGUGUACAGAGAUUUGAACAGAGGAUUUGAUGACAUUUGAACAUGUGGUCGCGUCUGUGUUAAGGAUCAGAAAACUACAAACAUGAAGAAUAGAAGUGGUGGCUCUGUGGACGGUCGGCUCAGGCAGAGAGUGGAGCAGUAUCUGGAAACCAACAACAGUGAAUAUGUGGACCUUUCAGCCACUGCUCUGGAACUUCAAAGACAGUACAGAAUAGAAUAUGGAAGAAGAAAUAAGACAGCGUUCAGGAUACAAGUAGAAAAAGUGUAUGAAGCCAUCAUGAAGGAGUCUGGCCUUAAUGAACUGGAGAGCAAACACUUGGCUAAGAGAGCCAAGCACAGCCACAAUGAUAAAGGAGACGGAAGCAGCAGCAGCUCAGAGUCCUCUGACAGCGAUGACCCCAUUCUGGAGAACCCUCCCAACAACCACAUGAACACUUCUCUUACGUCUCUGUACCGGAAGGGACAGCCUGACUCCAGCAGCUGCUCACCCAGGAGAGAUCAGCCUGCUGCUAGCAGUCCCGCACGUAUCGCUGACCCCCCUCCCAGUGCAGGGACGCUGGUUUCCGCAGGAGGUUGGUUCAUUGAUAAAGGCAGAGGCAAUAAGGGCAACAUCCUCAUCGACCUGUGUGAAGAGGAGCCAGAUAAUACAGCAACAAAUCAGACAGAUGUGUCGAUGUUGGAGUCUGUGAAAAAUCCCAAGAAGUACAAAAAAAGGAAGAACUACAAAAAGAACUCCACUGAAACCGCUGAUUCCUACAGCCAGAACAAAAAAGCCAAAUUAAAGUCACCAGAGCUGCAGUAUCCCUCUCUGAAGUUUGAAGAUGUAGGAGGUAACGAAGACACAUUAACGGAGGUGUGUAAGCUGCUCAUCCACAUACGUCACCCAGAGGUGUACCAGCAGCUGGGAAUGGUUCCUCCGAGGGGCUUUCUCCUCCAUGGACCUCCUGGCUGUGGAAAGACACUGCUGGCUCAGGCUGUAGCUGGGGAGCUGCAGCUGCCCUUGUUGAAGGUGUCUGCUCCAGAGCUCGUGUCCGGAGUCUCCGGGGAGUCUGAGCAGAAACUAAGAGAGCUGUUUGACCUGGCUGUGAGCUCUGCACCGUGUAUCCUGUUCAUAGAUGAGAUAGACGCCAUCACCCCAAAGAGAGAGGUGGCCUCUAAAGACAUGGAGAGGAGGAUUGUUGCCCAGCUGCUGACCUGCAUGGAUGACUUAAACAGUUUGACGGUGACAGCUCAGGUCCUGGUCAUCGGUGCGACCAACAGGCCCGACUCCCUGGACCCGGCUCUCCGCAGAGCUGGACGCUUUGACAGAGAGAUCUGCUUGGGUAUCCCUGAUGAAGCAGCUCGUCUCAGGAUCUUGAAGACGUUGUGUCGAAAGCUGAAGCUGCCGGAGGAUUUCGACUACAAGCAGCUCGCCCGCCUCACCCCAGGCUAUGUCGGUGCAGACCUCAUGGCUUUGUGCCGGGAAGCUGCCAUGACUGCCGUAAACAGGGUUCUGCUGGAAGUAAGGGGACGGCCACAGAUCUGUAGCCAGAAUUCAACUGAAGUGAUGACAACAAGUGGAGUUCAGACUGAGGAUGCUGUGACUGCUGUGACUGACAAAGAGGUCACAGAACAACAGACGACAGACACCCACCCAGUACCUCAGGAAGAGUCCACACAGGAUAACCUGCAGCAGGGGGAGCUGUGGGAUCUGCUGCACUUGCUGAAGAACACUGAGUCGCUGUCGGAGGAAGAACUCGCAGGCCUAAACAUCCUCAUGUCCGACUUUCAGCUCUCUCUGUCCAGCAUCCAGCCUUCGGCCAAGAGGGAGGGCUUUGCCACCGUGCCUGACGUCACGUGGGAGGACGUAGGAGCCCUGCAGGACAUCAGAGAGGAGCUUACCAUGGCCAUAUUGGCUCCUGUGCGUUCUCCGGAGCACUUCAGAGCGCUGGGGCUCAGUGCUCCAUCUGGUGUGCUGCUGGCUGGACCCCCAGGAUGUGGAAAAACACUUUUGGCCAAGGCGGUGGCCAAUGAGUCAGGCCUUAACUUCAUUUCUGUCAAGGGUCCAGAGCUACUCAACAUGUACGUGGGAGAGAGCGAGCGGGCCGUCAGGCAGGUGUUCCAGAGAGGAAGCAACUCAGCUCCUUGUGUCAUCUUCUUUGAUGAGAUUGAUGCUCUGUGUCCACGCCGUUCAGGCCAUGAGUCUGGAGCCAGUGUGCGCGUGGUCAACCAGCUGCUCACAGAGAUGGACGGCCUAGAGACUCGACGACAGGUCUUCAUUAUGGCUGCAACAAACAGGCCAGAUAUCAUUGACCCUGCCAUACUGAGGCCCGGCCGUCUUGAUAGAACCUUGUAUGUGGGUCUGCCACCUCCAGCAGACCGCCACGCAAUCUUGUUCACCAUUACAAAGGGAGGGACCAAACCUAAGCUAGAGCAGGACUUCAGUCUCGAAGAGAUCGCCUUCGACGAGCGCUGCGAUUGCUUCACUGGAGCUGACCUAACGGCGUUGGUGAGGGAAGCUUCUGUUAAUGCCCUGAGGGUCUACAUGAAGUCCCAGAACCCCUCUGCUUCCUGUUCUGGUCACACAUAUUCUUCUGGCUCUGUCGCUGAAAUCAGAGUGAGCAAACAGAACUUUGAAGAUGCCUUCAAGAAAGUUCGCCCAUCUGUGUCCAAAAAGGACCAGAGGAUGUACGAGCAGCUCAGAGAGUCCCUCAGCAGAUAGUCCUGACCUGCAGAUAUCAUGGUUUGACUUUGAAUCAUUCAUGAUCAUAUGUUUACACAUUAUCAUUGAAAUCAGAAUACAAAUGCUAUUUGAAAUAAAAAAGUGUGUGUACAAUAACAUUUUAGGAUGUUUUCUUAUGAGAGACUAAGUCCUAUGUGUCCUAAGGAAACAAUCAGCUGCUGCUUUCUGUCAACACUCUUAAGUUCUUUUAGAACUCUGUGUCUUUGUACGGCUCUUUAUCAAGAUUGUGUUACUCAGUUUGUCAUUGUCAGCAUCUAAAUGGCAUUGCCCCAGGCUCACUGGUGGGAAAUUCAUAGAAUAUGCAACCAAGCCAUCUUAACAAGAACUAAGUCCAAUGUUUGCUGCAGUAAAACCAGACCUCUGUUACAUAAUGAAACUUUCUGACAUUUCUUUUAUGGUUUACAUCGGAUUCUUUCGAGGAUGUGACCACCAAGAAAGCAGCUGGAUCAGACAAUGUGAGGGAAAGGGUGCUCAGACUAUGUGCCGACAGUGACUGUAUCACAUUAUUUAACAUGUCUUUGGGUUGUUAUAAGUUGUCAAUCAUCAUCUCUGUUCUUAGACAACAAGAGCAGUCUGCCUGACUCUGGAUCUACUCAAUAAAAAUCAACAAAGCUGAUGGACAAGAGGGGGCUGUGACAUUACUUACAAUUGAUUAUGCAACAUUAUCAACUCCGUAGUUCAAUCCGGAUAGACCGCCUGCCUGAGAAAAAGGCUUUUUACAAGUAUAUAUUUUUUUUAAAUAUCCACACAGGUGAGCAGAUACAUGAGUUUUUCACAUUAUGAAUGGAUUUUGCAGUAUGUAAGGAACUGUAAUACAUAUUCUAUAUUGUGUUUUCAUACUAAUGUAUUAAAUGUUUGUGUCUUUUGAAAGCAUAUAUUUCAUGCAACAAUUCUGUUACCAAACAAGUUACUUUGUAGUAUAAGCUGUGGUUCAAAUAUAUUCAGUCAUUAACUGCAAUUUUGGGGACAUAAACCAUACUUUACUGUCAACAAAGAUCAAUAUUUCAAACUGUAUUUCUCCUCAUUUCACCUCAUGUUCCAAAGAGAAAUUAUCUUUAAAUGUCAUUUUAUAUAUAGUAGUAAAAGAUAUUCCUGA